AUGCCAGAACCAAUUACUUUGAGAGUUAACGCUGCUCUUUUCGAUGUCGAUGGUACCAUCAUCAUUUCCCAGCCAGCUCUAGCUGCAUUCUGGAGAGAUUUUGGUAAGGAUAAGCCAUACUUCGAUGCUGAGCAUGUGAUCCAUGUUUCCCAUGGUUGGAGAACUUACGAUGCUAUUGCUAAGUUUGCUCCAGACUUCGCCGAUGAGGAAACCGUCACAAAGCUGGAAGGUGAAAUCCCUGAUAAGUACGGUAAGGAAGCCAUCGAGGUCGCUGGUGCCGUGAAGCUAUGUAACAGCUUUAACGAGUUGCCAAAGGAAAAGUGGGCCGUGGCUACUUCCGGUACAAGAGAGAUGGCUUCCAAGUGGUUCGCUGUUCUAGGCAUCAAGAAGCCAACAUACUUCAUCACUGCUAACGAUGUGAAGAAGGGUAAGCCUAACCCUGAACCAUACCUAAAGGGUAGAGAAGGUCUAGGCUACCCAAUCAACACACAUUACCCUGAGAAGUCUAAGGUUGUCGUCUUUGAAGAUGCUCCAGCUGGUAUUGCCGCCGGUAAAGCUGCUGGUUGUAAGAUCAUCGGUAUCGCUACCACUUUCUCUGCCUCUUCGCUGAGAGAGAAGGGCUGUGAUAUAGUCAUUAAGGAUCACAGAUCCGUCAGGGUUGCUGGUUACGACAAAGAGACCGACGAAGUCAUCCUCGUAUUCGACGACUAUCUAUACGUUAGAGAUGAUAUCCAAAAGUGGUAG